AUCUUAGUAAAUCAGUCUGAUUUAUGAAUCGUUCAGACCAGAAAAAGAUCCGAAAAAAUUCGUUCACUGAAGCAUCGCUUAAACUAGAGCCGUCUCAUGAAAGAUUGCUUCUUUAUACUGCCACAGUAAAACAAACGCUACAUGCUGAACUGCUCUGGGACAGGUUUUGUUCAAGACACCUCUAUCUUUCAUGAUAACAGGUCGUAAACAGAAAUUGGACCAAUCAGCUUUGAGCAAAGCGACAUAAUUCUGACGUAACUAAGUCCAUUCUCAUUGUAAGCGUAGUAGCAAAAUGGCUUCACCGUAUCUGGAUAAUCCUGUAGAUAUCGGAGCCCAAAUUGUACAAAGGGCUUUACGCAGAGAAAGAGUUCUUAGAGAUAAACAAAACCCCUUAGCAUUCUCUGACGAGAACUUAUACGAGAAAUACAGAUUUUCGGCGGAGGGAAUGUUGUAUCUUUGUCGGCUUCUUGAGCCCCAUAUUAAAAACCCGACGCGACGAAGCCACGCGACCACUGUCCCGCAAAUGAUUUGUAUUGCUUUGCGUUUCUUUGCAGGUGGUACAUACCUCUACGAAGUGGGAGAUGCCGAGAAGCUCAGCAAGAACACAGUUUGCCGAACAAUUCGUAGGGUAGUUAUCGCACUCCAGAAGUAUAUAAACACUUUCGUUGUGUUCCCUGGUCAUUUACCCACUGUGGCCAUAAAAGAGGGCUUCUCCAAUAUAGCUGGAUUCCCUAGAGUUAUUGGAGCAAUAGAUUGCACACACAUCCCAAUCUCGACUCCAAUAAAAGAAAUUGAGGCUAAUUAUCUCAACAGAAAGUCGACUCACAGUCUCAAUGUUCAGAUUACUUGUGACCAUCAGUGUAUGGUCACAAGCCUGGAUGCCAGAUGGCCUGGCUCAAUGCACGACAACCAGAUUUUCGAAAAGUCGUCGUUAUGCCAGCGCUUUCAGGAAGGGCUGUUUGACGGUCUGUUGGUGGGAGAUGAGACUUACGCAUGUCAGAGCUUUCUGAUGACUCCCUACCCUGACCCUGAGACAAAACAACAGCAUGACUUUAACAUGGCCCUCAAUCAAACCAGGCUCAAGAUUGACACCACUCUUGCCAUUUUAAAGGCUCGGUUUAACUGUCUUCGUGAUCUGAGAGUGUCACCAGAGCGGGCAUCUCAGAUUGUGGGUGCAUGCGUUGUCCUUCACAACAUAGCCACUAUAAGGAAGGAGCGAGUGCCAAAUGAAUAUGAUCUCCUCACUGAUGAUGUUGACCCUAUUAAUCUGGACCAUCCAGCUGGUGAAGCUGUCAGAGAUGCCAUCACAGCAGAAUAUUUCACUGAACAUUCAAUAAAAGAAAACUGACCAUCCAAAUAAAACUAUCCAAUUUGUACAUAUGGCUAAAUUGCCUUUCAUGUUGUUUGUCAUAAUAGACCGUAGUAAUGCCUUAACAUUUAUUUAAAUGAUUUCCAUUUGUUCUCAUGCUGAUGUUGAAAUGCUCAAUGGAAAAGCAAUGAUUAAAAAAAAAAAAUGAAUCUUACACAUUAAUAUGCAUUAUUCUAAAUCUCUGUAAAACCACUUCACAGGUUUGAAUUCUCAUAAAUGUAAUGUAAUCAAUCAAUCUGAUGACAAACAGUACGAACCCUGCUUCUGUUAUAGCUUUUAUACUUUGUUCUUGAAUAAUUUUCAAUUUGAUUGAAACGAAAAGUUUCGUAGUAUUUUAAACUCUUAAAGCUUUAAGUCUAAAUUAGAUUUUUGAAUCCCAGAUUUUUAGUGCAGGCUCAGGUUUUGGACCUCGGUGUAUAAUUAUGUAUAAAAAAAUGCAUUGGUCUUAUUUCAAGCAGACAAAUCAUUCAUUAAAAGCUUUGUGAUUUUUUC